GGGUGGCAGACACAGUUCCUCUGUCUGCACAGGAGUCACAGUGUAGCUGCUUCUCCUGGGCAACAGGCUGUGUCCAAGAAGCAUCAGUCUGCACACAAACAACAGAGCUCGACAGGUCUAAAACAGCACCAUAAUGGACAAGGAUAAAGGUAAUAAAGAACUAGUCAGGAACAUACCUUGGUUCAGACAAAUUCAGGAUCUUGAUGGUCGUGUGUGGGUGUUUCAGAAUGAGAGCCUCACAGCUGUUCAGAGGAAGGCACACACAGUUCCAGUCACCAUUGCCUUAAUCUCAUGCCGAUAUCCAGAGAAGCUUGAGGAGGGUAAGGGGGACCCCAUGUACCUGGGCCUGAAGGAGCCAGAACGCUGCCUUUUCUGCAUAAAGGAUGGUGAGAAGCCCAUGCUGCAGCUUAAGACAGGGAGUGUAAUGAAGCUGCACGACCAAGAGGAUGUUGUAAAACCCUUUGUCUUUUAUCAUAACAAGAGUGGGACCACCUCUUCCUUUGAGUCCGCUGCCUUCCCUGGCUGGUUCAUCGCUAUCUACGCCAAUGGAGCCUCUCCAGUCUUUCUAAGCCAAGAACUAGGGAAAACCCACAUCACUGACUUUUGGAUGACUAUGGUUUAAGAUACGUUUCUCAGUGAUGCUCUCUCAAGACUUUGUGGAUUCUGACAAGAAGCAGCAAACACAAAAGUUACCACAAAAAGGAUGAAUGAAAAGAGAGCUGAGCUUCUCCGACUUCCAUCUCAGUGACAUCUGGUUUGGGUGAAGAAUUGCUGAUGUUUGUCAUGUUUUCGUCCAAAGUGUUAUCACUGGAUUUCAUAAG